AUGGAAACAGUACUCUGCCCGGACUGGAGAGAGUAUAGAGAUGGUUUUAGUGGAUUCAAGUAUGUUAUCGGAGAGGUUGUUGAGGUUAGUCCUCUUGAAAUCAUUGCCGUAAAUGGAAAAGACACACAAAGGAUUUCGUGUGAGCUAAGGAAUGAAGAAAGUGUCAAGCUGUCUUGUGUUUUGUGGGGAAAAUGCGCAUUGGAUGUUAUCGAUGCAAUUCAACUUAGACGAGAGAACUCCAUUAUUUGUGUAUUAAGAUUUGUCAAGAUCAGAGUCUAUAAAGAGGAUCGAAGUAUUGAGAACGCAUAUAAGGUGUCCUACAUAGCGAUAAAUCCGGAGAUGCAUGAAGUUAUAGCGUUCCAGGCAGUGUUGCCAAAAGAUGCUUUAACGUUGGCUAUUGUCGAGCCCAAACCGUGGUCCAGGGUUUCAAUGAUAUCAGAGAAUGAGGACUUUUUUAUUCAUACUCCAAGGAAAACAAUCGCAGAGGUUUUGAACACCAGAAAUGUGGAGAGAUGUAUUCUUAUGUGUACAAUAGCAGCGGUUGAUUCGGACAUGGGUUGGUACUAUUUGAGUUGUAAAGUGUGCGCAACUAAAGUAUUGACCGUACCAAAUGACAAUGAUUAUUCAUUCAUGCCUAUACUGGAUGGUGGGUACAAAUACUACUGUACUAAGUGUAAGAUUGUCGGUCCGAAGCUAUUGCCAAGGUAUAAUUUACAUUUGGUAGUUCUUGAUAAUACCAGCAACACCAAAUUACAUCUAAGUGAUAGUCUUUCAUUCAAGUUACUACAUCAACCUUGCGUUGAGUUAACUGGAAAGGUUAAAAGCGAGAUUCAGGAACCUUCUUUUUUACCCUCCGCUUUGACUAAUUUGGUUGGUAAGACAUAUCUGUUUAAGAUCCUUAUCGAGAAGGAUAAUUAUCUUUACAAGCACGAGACAUUCAAGGUGGUAAACAUUAUUACAAACGAAAAUAUGAUCAAUAAGUUUGAUGUAACUUAUUAUCCUACGGAAAAUGACCAUGUUAUGAGCCCAUCAUUCUUAACUGCAUCCCAACGAGCCGUGGGUGCUACGAAGGAACGUGGUAGUUCCUCCGAUGAAAAACUAUAUAAUUAUCUGACACCAGCUAAACGAAGUGCAAUCCCAAUUAAAGAUUUUGUGGCAGAAUUUGAAGAGAUGAAUGAAACCAAAGUGUCACCACUAUUGAAAGUCAAGAAGGAGGAGAGUGAAGUAAUUAUCCAUAAAUAUCUGACACCAGCUAAACGGAGUGGAAUCCCAAUUAAAGAUUUGUUGGCAGAAUUUGAUGAGAUGAGUGAAACAAAAGUCCCACCAGCAUUGAGGAUCAAGAAGGAGGAGAGUGACUUAAGUGGCUGA